AUGGUCAUGCAGCAAAUGGAGGGGCAUAAUCUGCUGAGGCAAUUGACCAAGGGCUUACAUUUGCAUGGGACGCCAAAUGAAUUACCAACAUCGACGGCGGCUUUACAUUUAUAUGCCGCCUCAAUGGCAGCCAAGGCUGCCUCCAAUUGCAUACAAAUUGGCCCUUGGGCUCCAUUUUUGCAUUUGAAUCCCGGUGUGAUGGGCGGUAAUCCUUUUUCCCUGCUAGAACAAUCAUGCCCUGUCUCCAGUUUGUCGUCUCAAGCAGCGGAUAUACCUUCACUAGUAGCCAGCCAACCUGUGGGAGCCCAAAUAUAUCCUCCCAUUAUACCUGAAAAACCUCGUAUUGCAGUCCGCCGGCAUACGGAUAUGUUGGCUUCUGAUCAACUGAACUACCUGCAUGAAACUGCAAAGGAGUUAUCACCAACAGCUACUGCUUCAGUCAUUGCACCAGUUCAACUUAAAAUGAAACUACCCAUACAACUAAUGCAACCUCUACCUCCAAAUUUUCAGACACCCGUCGGCAAGGAACCCAAUGAUGAAGCCUCAUAAAUAAACACUGAAGCAUGUAAAAGGGCUAAAGCAAGGCAGGUUUAUCAUUAAC